GCACCAGCCUGCUCCAGGAGAAAAACUAAAAUGAGUGAACAAAUCAAGUUCAUUGUAGAACAACUCAAUAAAGAACCCUUCAAAAAGACAUUCAAUCUAAUCACCUUUGACUCGUUGGAGCCACUGCAGUUGCUGCAGCUGCUUAAUGAGGUUCUGGCUGAAAUUGAUCCAAAGCAUAAUAUUGACAUUCGUGAGGAAGCACCAGAUCAAACAGCAAAGCGAAUGUUUAGCCUUCUGGGAAUUCUGAAAUAUAAGCCACCUGGAAAUGCUUCUGAUAUGAGUACCUUUCGACAGGGUCUGGUUACUGGAAGUAAACCUAUAAUUCAUCCCAUUUUGCACUGGCUUCUGCAGCGGACCAAUGAGCUUAAAAAAAGAGCAUAUUUGGCUCGCUUCCUUGUCAAAGUGGAAAUCCCUGCUGACUUUCUGCAGGAUGAUGUGGUUGCAGACACUUAUCAUCAGUAUGAAGAAUUGGUGGAAGGAUUCAAGACCUUGCACAAGGAAUGUGAACAGCUGAAGAACUGUGGUUUUUCAACUGCAGAAAUAAGGAGGGACAUAAAUGCUAUGGAGGAAGAGAAGGAUCAACUCAUUAAGCGUGUAGAGCGUCUAAAGAAAAGGGUGGACACUGUAUCAAAUCACCAGCGGAUGUUAGAGAUGGCAAGACAGCUUCGUGUGGAGAAGGAGAGGGAAGAAUCUUUAAUGCAGCAAAAACAGGAACAAAAAAAUCAGUUAUUCCAUGCAGAACAAAGGCUGCAGAGAGCACAACAGCAGUUAAAGGACCUUCGACAAGCUUCAGCAGAUGCAAAGCCUGAGAGUUUGAUGAAGAGGCUGGAUGAGGAAAUAAAAUUCAACACAUAUAUGGUUUCAGACAAGCUUCCCAAGGAAUUGGACAGCAAGAAGAAAACUGUCCAUUACUUACAAAAAGUGGUUGCAGAACCUGCAAUGGGACACUCUGAUCUCAGUGAGCUUGAAGCCAAGAUCCAGGAGAUCAAUACUCAAAUUAACCAAUUAAUUGAGAAGAGAAUGAUGCGAAAUGAUCCAAUGGAUGAUAAACUGUUCCUUUUUCGGCAACAGGCAUCUAUCAUUUCCCGGAAAAAAGAAGCUAAAGCUGAAGAGUUACAGGAAGGAAGAGAGGAAUUAUCAAACUUGGAGAAAGAACUGGCGCAGAAAACAAAUCAAGCUCGUGAUUUUGAUGGCACAGAAGUCCUGAAAGGUGAUGAGUUCAAACGCUAUGUCAGCAAGCUUCGGAGUAAGAGCACAGUUUAUAAGAAGAAACGUCAAGAACUAGCAGAGCUCAGAGCAGAGUAUGGUGUGCUGCAGAGAACUGAAGAAAUUUUAAAGCUGCGACAUGAGGCCAUUCAGCAGCAGCUGCAAGCCUUCGAAGCUAAGCAUGGUAUUACAGGCUUCAGUGAUACUCAGGAGGAACUGGAGAGGGUAUCCGCAUUGAAGAGCGAGUUGGAUGAAGUGAAAGGACGAACUCUUGAUGAAAUGUCUGAAAUGAUAAAGAAACUCAAUGCCCUUAUUUCUGAAAAAAAGACUGCACUGGCUCCUGUCAUCAAAGAACUACGACCAUUGCGUCAAAAAUGUCAGGAAUUAACUCAAGAGUAUGAAGAAAAGAAAUCACUCUAUGACAGUUGUGCAGCGGGUUUGGAAAGCAAUCGAUCUAAGCUCGAACAGGAAGUCCAAGGGCUCAGAGAAGAAUGUGGGCAGGAGGAAACUCGAUACCAUUACAUCAAUUGCUUGAUAAAGAUUGCUGAAAAGCAGAUACAGCGAGCUGCUGAUGAAAUGAAACUAUACGUUUCUGCAGAUCCACAAGAAAGAAGAAAAGCCUUAAGGGAGCAAUACAAUCGAAAUAUCCUUGAGCAAGAAAAUCUAGGAAAGAAACUACGUGAGAAGCAGAAAGCUGUGCGGGAGAGCCAUGGGCCAAACAUGAAGCAGGUUAAAAUGUGGCGAGAUUUUGAGCAACUGAUGGAAUGCAAGAAACAGUGCUUUCAAAGACAGCAGAACCAGAAUUCUGUUGGUCAGGUGAUACAGGAAGGAGGAGAGGACAGAUUAAUCUUGUAAAUUAUAUAAUUGGUUUGUCUUGUUGUGCAUCAAAAACCUAAGAUUCUUUGUCUUGGGGUUUUUCAACUAUUUUUGAGUUAUUCUUGGUUUUAGUUAAUAUAAUGAAUUCUAAAUUUGUAAUUAAUUGUUUAGUAACAUAAAUUUUGUAUGCAAAUAGCACCUACAAAGUCUAAUUUGCAAUGACAUAUUUGACGAUCCACUAGCUCUUCUGUAGCAACAUUGCGUUCCCAUGGGGUAAAGCAGGAAUAGAGUUUUUUUGUCUUUUUACUAGGGUACUCGGGAGUACUAAUUAUACCUACUAUACAUAUUUUUUUCUAUGCCACAUUGUCUUUCAUCAGCUGAAAAAGGAGCAGAUAUAAGGAGCUGUGCAACUCAGGCCAACUCCGUAAAAACUGUGACCAGAGUGUAAGUGUGAGCUAAUUCAUAGGAAAUGUGUAAAACAGUAAAAUAUUGAAAGUACUAACCUAUGUUCAGAUUUCUUAACUACAUCAAAAUAUUCUUCACAGAUAGUGAAAUGUAUGAUUUUCAAAGUUGCAUUUUAAUAAAAAUAAGUCAACUGUACCAGUAUCAACAAAAUUGCAACCAUGGGUUUUCAGUAAUAUCUGUGUGUUCAUGCAUUGGCUGUUGAGGGUAUUAUAACUAAAGGAAGUCCCAGGAUUGACUUUUGUGUUGUCAUAACCUGAAUUGGCUGAAUGGCAGUGAUGAUAACAUUUAGGAAUAGCUUUGUUGCUCCCAAGUUAAACAGCAGGAAAAAGUGACAACUGUGCCCUAUUCUGAUCAUCAUUGAAAGAGCUUUACACCUGUUCAAAGGUGAACAGGAUUACUUUUGGUGGUGUACUAGAACAAUUACUAAUUCAGUGUUGUACAAGAGAGCUGUUAGUGUCUUGAUCCUACACUGCUUUCUUGGCGAAGAAUUUAUGUUCAUAGCAUGAUCAGAAUCCUUAGUAUGUACAUUGCCUUGCAAACUAUUCUGAAUAUUUAUAAUUACCAAUGUUGCAGAUGAGCUUAAAUUCUAUUUGGAUAUUUGAUCAGAAUGACUGGGUUUACUCAUCGCCCAAGCAGCUGUAUUCAACUUUAGUACGUCAAAAAUGCAAAUAAUGCUAAAGUUCUAAUAAUUGUUCUGAAGGUUGUAAGAGCCAUGAUUUUCUGUGAUAAUGAAAAUGUGGGAUUUUGUGUUUUAUCAAAAUGCACACUGUAGCAAUUGUUAACCAAGUAAAGGCUCAAUAUAUCACCAAUCAGUUCCUUGAUAUCAGUAUUUUUGUGAUUCUUAUGAUUUGGUAUUAAACGUAAUGGUCAAAGAGGAGCCAGUUGCCACAUUCUUAGCAGCUGAAAAUAAGUCAAUCAGUUGGGACUGCAGCCUCCUUUUGGAGUAAUUUUUAGACUGAGCCUAUUAUUGAGUGCAGAUGUCACUGCCAAUUAUUCUUCAGAUUAAAGAAGCCUCUCAGGAAAUAUACUGGAUUCAACAUCACUGACUUUGCAGUGAUUUGCAAUGGAAACUUGACUAAGCCUCAAAUCAAACUCUAAUAUAAAUUGUACUUGAUAAUCUGAAAAUUGGGAGAUCCCCUCUAAUCUCUAAUUUUGUCAUUUCUGAGUGCAUGAAACAGAUUAAAGUGGCAACAAACUGAUAGAAUAAUACUCCAGAUUCACUUUUUCCCAUAAGCACAUGGCAAUCUUUGCUACCUCUGUUUGCUGUCUUUUAAAUAUGUUCCUUAAAACUUUGCAAAUAAGACUUUUGUGUGCUUCUCCAUACAAAAUUUAGAAGACCAGGAAAUACGACAGUGUAACACCCCACCAAUAUAAGUCAAAACAGAGAAUCUGCAGCUUUGUAGUAUUCUGACAGGUUUCAUAACAAAUGUUUGCAAUUAUUUUCAUAUGUAUGCCUGAUCUUUUGAAUAAGUUAUGAUUAGGUUAAAAAUAUUGAUAUAGUUCUCAGCAUGUAAGAGUGGGAUGUUAAUGCUGUCACCAUAAAAAUGUGUAUAAACAUGUAUGAAAGUAAGUAUUUAUCAAAUGAUUUCCUCUGUAUUUUUUAAAAAUUUGAUCCAUGAAUUAAAAGCAUACUGUUCCUCAUGGAAAGUACGUGCAAUAAUCUGAGUAAAAU